AUGCCCUACCUGGCCCACACUGCCCAUGCCCAGUUUGUAGGGUUCUGGGUGGGCGCAAUUGGCUGGAUUCUUACCAUCGUAUCCAUCGGUCUGGUCCAGUGGAGGAUCUGGGAGGUGACUGACAUCUCUGUGAUUACUUCAGGCCAAGCCUGGGUGGGCAUCUGGAGGGUUUGCUUUUUUACCCAUGUCCUCCAAACCUCUGAGUUACAGAUCAUGUACUGCCAGAAGAUGCAACUGACGGACCCUUUCAUUCCAAGCGAGAUUGCUGCUGCUCAAGCUCUAAUGCUGCUUGCUUUCAUCCUGGGAUUUUUUGGCAACUCCAGCAUCAUAUACGGGCUCAGGAAUGUUUACUUUGGACUAGAAGAUCUCAGAUUUAUUAUGCUGGCUUUUUCAUUCGGUGGACUACUUUUAAUAACUGGUGGUGUGACCUCAUUUAUUCCUCUUAUCUGGAAUUUAAACUCUGUGGUGACUAAUAAGACUAUCAACUUUCCGACCAGCUUCUACAUGCCCCUGGCUCCUGAUGAGCAAUAUGUUGGUCCAGGUAUUGCUGUUGGCAUUUUUGCAUCCAUCCUGCUGAUGUUAAGUGGAGUGGUAUUCUUGUCCUACAGGCUACCAGAAAGCUUGAGCUCCAGAAUCAGACCAAAAGAUACCCACUUUAGACUGGCAGAAGCUGGAGUGGCAGUGAACCCAACACAGACAUCCAAACAGGGUAAAAUGAGCUGCCAUGGCAUUGACAACAUGGCCUUUAGGUAG